UAGCAGUGGUGCGUUCAGCUCUGCUCCAUUUCAGUAGCUGGGUGUCUGUCGUCUCCACUUUGACCUUUUAGCUCCGAUCAACAAAGAUGGGAUGGCGUUGAUUUAAAGCCUUUUUCGGUAUUCGGUUCUGCGCUUCGCGGAACCCCGAAGCUCAUAAUUUACACCCCCGCUGAUCGUCGCUGUGCUGGAAACAAAUAACGAUCAACAGACUACAUGUCUCAGAACCCCCUGUAACAACCAGUGACGACUGCCCUGUCUUGGUUUCCAGUCUACUGCUAUCCAGCUGGUUGAAUGAGUCCCGAACCACUUCAGUUUUGUGAGCAGUGAUUGGGCAUUGAGCCAGAUCAGGCAGCCAACUGGGAGCCAAGCGAGUCAUCAUGGGGGAUGUGGACCCAGAUACCUUGCUGGAGUGGCUGCAGAUGGGUCAGGGCGACGAGCGUGACAUGCAGCUCAUCGCACUGGAGCAGCUCUGCAUGCUGCUGCUCAUGUCAGACAACGUCGACCGCUGCUUUGAAACGUGUCCUCCUCGAACGUUCCUUCCAGCGCUUUGUAAGAUCUUCCUGGAUGAGAGCGCUCCUGACAAUGUGCUGGAGGUCACGGCCCGUGCCAUCACCUACUACCUAGAUGUGUCAGCUGAGUGCACCCGCAGGAUUGUUGGUGUCGACGGAGCCAUCAAGGCUUUGUGCAACCGGCUGGUGGUGGUAGAACUCAACAACAGAACCAGCCGAGAUCUUGCAGAGCAGUGUGUCAAGGUGCUGGAGCUGAUCUGUACCAGGGAGUCUGGUGCCGUGUUUGAGGCUGGCGGUCUGAACUGUGUACUGACUUUCAUCAGAGACAGUGGUCAUCUGGUCCAUAAAGACACACUGCAUUCAGCCAUGGCUGUCGUGUCCCGACUCUGCAGCAAAAUGGAACCACAGGACUCAUCUCUGGAGACCUGCGUUGAGUCCCUGUCCAGCCUCCUCAAACAUGAAGACCACCAGGUAUCAGAUGGAGCUCUCCGUUGCUUUGCCUCAUUGGCUGACCGGUUUACUCGUCGUGGGGUAGAUCCUGCCCCUUUAGCCAAGCAUGGCCUGACGGAAGAGCUGCUGUCUCGUAUGGCUGCAGCCGGUGGCACUGCAACAGGGCUCGCAUCUUCUUGUAAGCCGGGCCGAACUUCAACAGGUGCUACUCCCUCAACCCCAGACUCCAAGCUGAGUAACCAGGUGUCAACCAUCGUUAGCCUGCUGUCCACACUCUGCAGAGGGUCACCACUUGUCACACACGACCUCUUGCGUUCGGCCCUGCCGGACUCUAUGGAGUCUGCUUUGGGAGGAGACGAGCGCUGUGUGCUGGACACCAUGCGGCUGGUAGACCUGCUGCUUGUGCUGCUGUUUGAGGGACGUAAGGCGCUUCCCAAAUCCACGGCAGGGUCAACCGGUCGGAUUCCCGGCCUGAGACGCCUCGACAGUUCAGGGGAGAGAUCACACCGGCAGCUCAUCGACUGUAUCCGCAGCAAAGACACGGAUGCUCUGAUCGACGCCAUUGACACUGGAGCUUUCGAGGUGAACUUCAUGGAUGACGUUGGACAAACGCUGCUCAACUGGGCUUCGGCUUUUGGCACACAAGAAAUGGUGGAGUUCCUUUGUGAGAGGGGUGCAGAUGUCAACAGAGGUCAGAGGUCAUCCUCGCUCCACUAUGCUGCCUGUUUCGGACGUCCACAAGUAGCCAAGACUUUACUGCGUCAUGGAGCAAACCCUGACCUGAGGGAUGAGGACGGAAAGACGCCUCUGGACAAGGCCAGGGAGAGAGGACACAGUGAGGUGGUGGCCAUACUUCAGUCCCCCGGAGACUGGAUGUGUCCCGUGAACAAGAGCGAUGACAAGAAAAGGAAGGAUGUGAACAAGGAGGAGGAGGAGGGCAGCGAACCCAGAGGAGACCCGGAAAUGGCUCCCAUCUACCUGAAGAGACUUCUGCCUGUUUUUGCACAAACCUUUCAGCAUACCAUGUUGCCUUCCAUUAGGAAAGCCAGUCUAGCUCUGAUUAGGAAGAUGGUUCAUUACAGUAGUGAAGUCCUCCUGAAGGAAGUCUGUGACAGUGAGACGGGGCACAACCUGCCCACUGUGCUGGUGGAGAUCACUGCUACUGUCUUGGACCACGAGGAUGACGACGACGGUCACCUCCUGGCCUUGCAGAUCAUCAGAGAUCUUGUGGAUAAAGGUGGAGAUGUUUUCUUGGACCAGUUGGCUAGACUGGGAGUCAUCAACAAGGUGUCCACUUUGGCUGGACCUGCCUCUGACGAUGAGAACGAAGAUGAAGCAAAGCCUGAGAAGGAGGAGGAGGUGCAGGAGGAUGCUCGGGAAAUCCAGCAGGGCAAGCCAUACCAUUGGAGGGACUGGUCCAUCAUCAGGGGGCGAGACUGUCUGUACAUCUGGUCAGAUGCUGCAGCACUGGAGCUGUCCAAUGGAUCCAAUGGCUGGUUCAGGUUCAUCCUGGAUGGGAAGCUGGCCACCAUGUACUCUAGUGGCAGUCCAGAGGGUGGCUCCGACAGCUCUGAGUCUCGCAGUGAGUUCCUGGAGAAGCUGCAGAGGGCAAGGAGUCAGGUCAAACCAGUGACGUCCAGCCAGCCCAUCCUUUCCAGCACUGGUCCAACCAAGCUGACUGUGGGGAACUGGUCUCUGACAUGUCUGAAGGAGGGAGAGAUUGCUAUCCACAAUUCUGAUGGCCAGCAGGCCACCAUCUUGAAGGAGGACCUGCUGGGCUUCGUCUUUGAGUCCAAUCGAGGAACCAAGCACUCGUUCACUGCCGAGACCUCGCUGGGCUCGGAGUUUGUGACAGGCUGGACGGGGAAACGAGGCAGGAAGCUGAAGUCCAAGCUGGAAAAGACAAAGCAGAAGGUGAAGAGUAUGGCGAGAGAGCUGUAUGAUGACCAUUUCAAAGCAGUGGAGAGCAUGCCCCGAGGAGUGGUGGUCACCUUGAGGAACAUCUCCACCCAGCUGGAAUCAGCCUGGGAGCUGCACACCAACAGACAGUGCUUUGAAGGCGAGAACACCUGGAGGGACCUGAUGAAAACCGCUCUGGAGAACCUGAUUGUAGUCCUGAAGGAUGAAAACACUAUUUCUCCAUACGAGAUGUGCAGCAGUGGUCUGGUCCAGGCUCUUUUCACCGUCCUCAACAAUAAUGUGGAACCGGACCUGAAACAUGAUUGUAAACCUUUAAUGGAGAGGAUCAAUGUAUUUAAGGCAGCUUUUAGCGAGAAUGAAGAUGAUGAAAGCCGACCUGCUGUUGCCUUAAUCCGUAAACUGAUCGCGGUUCUGGAGUCAAUCGAGCGUCUACCUCUACACCUCUAUGACACUCCAGGAUCCUCUUACAACUUGCAGAUUUUGACCAGGAGGUUGCGGUUCCGCCUGGAGAGGGCACCAGGUGAAACGGCACUGAUUGACCGCACGGGCCGCAUGUUGAAGAUGGAACCGCUGGCAACUGUGGAGUCUCUAGAGCAAUAUUUGCUGAAAAUGGUUGCGAAGCAGUGGUAUGACUUUGAACGCUCAUCCUUUGUGUUUGUGAGAAAGCUGAGGGAAGGUCAAACCUUCACUUUCAGACACCAGCAUAACUUUGAUGAGAAUGGGAUCAUCUACUGGGUCGGAACCAACGCCAAGACAGCCUAUGAAUGGGUGAAUCCUGCUGCAUAUGGUCUGGUGGUGGUGACAUCCUCAGAGGGUCGUAACCUCCCUUACGGGCGGUUAGAGGACAUCCUGAGUCGGGAUAGCUCUGCCCUCAAUUGCCACACUAACGACGAUAAGAAUGCCUGGUUCGCCGUCGACCUCGGGCUUUGGGUUAUUCCUUCAGCUUACACUCUGAGACAUGCCAGGGGUUACGGCCGCUCUGCUUUGAGGAACUGGGUGUUUCAAGUAUCAAAGGACGGUCAGAACUGGACCACUCUGUACACCCACGUCGAUGACUGCAGCCUCAAUGAACCUGGCUCAACAGCUACAUGGCCUCUUGACCCAUCCAAAGAGGAGAAGCAGGGCUGGAGGCACAUCAGGAUCAAACAGAUGGGGAAGAAUGCCAGCGGUCAGACGCACUACCUGUCUCUGUCGGGCCUGGAACUGUAUGGCGCCGUGACCGCCGUCUGUGAGGAUCAGCUGGGUAAAGCUGUGAAGGAGGCGGAGGCGAACCUUCGCCGUCAGCGUCGCCUCUUUCGUUCUCAGGUGAUGAAGUACAUCGUCCCGGGAGCUCGCGUUGUCCGUGGUAUUGACUGGAAGUGGCGUGACCAGGACGGAAACCCGGCUGGCGAGGGCACUGUCACUGGAGAGGCUCACAACGGGUGGAUUGAUGUAACCUGGGAUGCUGGCGGCUCUAACUCUUACCGUAUGGGCGCUGAAGGAAAGUUUGACCUCAAGCUUGCUCCAGGGUACGACCCUGAGUCGGCUGCCACAGCGCCAUCACCCAAACCUGUCUCAUCCACUGUUUCAGGCCCCGCCUCCUCCACGGUGGGACCCCCUGCGAUCCCGGCAGCUGGCGGCAGUAGCAGCAUCACCACCACUUCCUCGUCAUCAUCCUCAUCCUCCCAGCAGCAGUCAUGGAGCAGCCUGAUGAAAAAUAACUGUCCAGACAAGGGCGGGUCAACGUCGCUGGGUGGGACCAGUUCCUGCAGCAGGAAGGGCAGCAGUAGCUCCGUUUGCAGUGUUGCAUCCUCCUCGGACAUCAGCUUGAGCUCCUCUGCUGGCCUCCCAGGGGGAGGUGCUGGGGGUCUGCGACUGGAGAGGAGGGCUGAUGGGCUCCUCUUCGACCACAGUUCUGGGGUAGGACUUUCUGGGGGUGGAGCUGGCUCUGAAGGACAGCAGCAGGAACCAAUUGUUGUUCUGUCCUCGGUAGCAGAGGGCGGUUCCGGCUCUGCUUCCAGCUCUAGCACACUGACUGCAGACACGCCUGCCCUUGGCGAUGAAGCAAGAAAUAAGGACUCUUCUGCAACAGCAGACCCAGCAACGGCGAUCUCCAUUGGUUUGGUGAGCGUCAGUUCUCCAGACGUCAGUUCUGUGUCCGAGUCCUCCAGCAAAGACACGCCUUCUCAGCGACCUCUGUGCUCGGCAGCAAACACCAGACUGUCUGUUAGCUCCUUGCUGGCUGCUGGCGCGCCCAUGAGCUCCAGUGCCAGCGUUCCUAACCUAUCGUCUCGAGAGGCGAGCCUCAUGGAGUCCUUUGUUCGCCGUGCGCCCAACAUGUCGCGUACCAACGCCACCAACAACAUGAACCUAAGCCGCAGCAGCAGCGACAACAACACCAACACAUUGGGCCGGAACGUCAUGAGCAAUGCCACUUCUCCUCUCAUGGGCGCUCAGAGCUUUCCUAAUCUCACCACCACUGGCACCACCUCCACCGUUACCAUGUCAACCUCCAUAGUGACCAGCAGCAAUAAUGUAGCCACAGCCACCACGGGACUGUCAGUGGGCCAGUUGCUAAGCAACACCCUGACAACCAGCCUGACAUCCACAUCCAGUGAGAGUGACACAGGGCAGGAGGCGGAGUUUUCUCUCUAUGACUUCUUGGACAGCUGCCGCGCCAACACGCUAUUGGCCGAGCUGGAGGAUGAGGAGGAUCUUCCAGAGCCAGACGAUGAUGACGACGAGAACGAAGACGACAAUCAGGAGGACCAGGAGUACGAGGAGGUCCUGGAGGAAGAGGAGUAUGAGACCAAAGGAGGCCGCAGGAGGACGUGGGAUGAUGACUUUGUCCUUAAGAGGCAGUUUUCUGCUUUAGUCCCUGCCUUUGAUCCCCGCCCCGGAAGAACCAAUGUCCAGCAGACCACUGACUUGGAGAUCCCAGCACCUGGAACACCACAUUCAGAGGUUCAGGAGGAGGUGGAGUGCGCGCCGUCACCUCACCUCGCUCUCACACUGAAGGUGGCAGGACUUGGAACAACCCGUGAGGUAGAACUUCCUCUGUCCAACUACAAGUCCACCAUUUUUUUGUACGUCCAGCGGCUGCUGCAGCUUUCCUGCAAUGGCGCCGUCAAGACAGACAAACUGCGACGCAUCUGGGAGCCCACAUACACGAUCAUGUACAGAGAGCUGAAGGACUCUGACAAAGAGAAGGAGAGCGGAAAAAUGGAUUUCUGUGAGCACGGUAUCGGCGGUGGCGUUCGUCCUGGUGGGCUGAGCCCAGGCUCAUUGUCAGCCAGUCAGAGCAGCGAUAUUUUAGGCGGGGCCAGAGAGGCAGCGCAGGCCAAAGCUGGUUGUAGCCAGAACGCCUGCGGCGUGGAGGACGUCCUGCAGCUGCUGCGCAUCCUGUACAUCAUUGGAAGAGACUCCGCCUCCAAUGCGCGCACAUUGCAGGAAGAUUCAGAUGAGCUGCAGUUCAACGCAUCUCCAGAGGAGUUCACGAGUAAAAAGAUCACCACAAAGAUCCUGCAGCAGAUCGAGGAGCCUCUGGCUCUGGCCAGCGCAGCGCUGCCCGACUGGUGUGAACAGCUCACGUCAAAGUGUCCUUUCCUCAUCCCCUUUGAGACCCGACAGCUGUACUUUACCUGCACCGCAUUCGGAGCGUCCAGAGCCAUCGUGUGGCUCCAGAACCGUCGUGAGGCCACGAUGGAGCGCACGCGCCCUUCCAACACAGUGAGACGCGAUGACCCCGGGGAGUUCCGGGUCGGGCGGCUCAAACACGAACGCGUCAAAGUCCCCCGUGGAGACACCAUGAUGGAGUGGGCGGAGACUGUCAUGCAGCUCCAUGCUGACAGGAAGUCUGUGCUGGAGGUGGAGUUUCAGGGCGAGGAGGGAACCGGCCUCGGCCCGACGCUGGAGUUUUAUGCUCUGGUGGCAGCAGAGUUUCAAAGAACCUCGCUGGGAAUCUGGCUGUGUGACGACGACUUUCCAGACGAUGAAUCGCGACAGGUGGACCUCGGUGGCGGUCUGAAGCCUCCGGGUUUCUAUGUGCAGCGGUCGUGUGGGCUGUUCCCAGCACCGUUCCCUCAGGACAGCGAGGAGCUGGAACGCAUCACAAAGCUCUUCCACUUCCUGGGUGUCUUUCUGGCAAAAUGCAUCCAGGACAAUCGCCUGGUGGACCUCCCUGUCUCUCAGCCAUUCUUCAAGCUGCUCUGCAUGGGAGACAUCAAGUCCAACAUGAGCAAGCUGCUCUACCAGUCGCGUGCUUCACCACACGGUCACGACCAUGAGCGCACGCACCUGCAGCACUUCCUGCUGCUGUCCGAAGUACAGUCAGAGGCUUCGACUGAGGAGAGCCAGGAGACAUACUCUGUGGGCAGCUUUGACGAGGACUCAAAGUCCGAGUUCAUCAUGGAUCCACCCAAACCCAAACCGCCUGCCUGGUACCACGGCAUCCUCACGUGGGACGACUUCCAGCUCGUCAACCCGCACAGGGCGAGCUUUCUGAAGGAGAUCAAGGAGCUGGGGGUGAAGAGGAGGCAGAUUCUGGCCAGUAAGAGCCUGUCUGAGGACGAGAAAAACACAAGGCUUCAGGACUUGAUACUCAGGAACCCCAUGGUCUCUGGACCCCCCCUCAGCAUAGAGGACCUCGGGUUGAACUUCCAAUUCUCUCCAUCCUCAAAGAUUCACGGUUUCUCCGCCGUGGAUCUCAAACCAAACGGGGACGACGAGAUGGUUAUGAUGGAGAAUGCUGAGGAGUACGUGGAGCUAAUGUUUGACUUCUGUAUGCACACCGGCAUCCAGAAACAGAUGGAGGCCUUCAGAGAGGGCUUUAACAGAGUGUUUCCGAUGGACAAGUUGAGCUCUUUCAGCCACAAAGAGGUGCAGAUGAUCCUCUGUGGCAACCAAUCACCGUCCUGGACUGCUGAUGACAUCAUCAACUACACAGAACCCAAACUGGGCUACACCAGAGACAGUCCGGGCUUCUUGCGGUUCGUCAGAGUUUUGUGUGGGAUGUCUUCAGAUGAGAGAAAAGCUUUCCUGCAGUUCACCACUGGCUGCUCCACGCUGCCCCCUGGUGGCCUCGCCAACCUGCACCCUCGCCUCACUGUUGUCAGAAAGGUGGACGCGACGGACACGAGCUACCCGUCAGUAAACACGUGCGUUCACUACCUGAAGCUUCCUGAAUAUUCCUCAGAGGACAUCAUGCGAGAGCGCCUCCUGGCUGCCACCAUGGAGAAAGGCUUCCACUUGAACUGACCGCCAUCACUGAGCAUGCGCCGUCAUCUCUCCGUCUCACCGUCUGCCCAUCUGAAGCGUGAUUGACAGAGCAGCCAACCAAGCAGACUGAUGAUGGGGAGAAUGAGGAUCCCCCCCCGACCUUCAUCUCCUUUGUGGUUGUUGUGGGCGGGCUGCUAUGCGUUCUGACUGUUCUUUAGUGCCUGCUUUGACUCGUAGCUUGUUUUCAGUUCCUCCUCAGCAAACAAUGCUUUCCUUUCCAUCUUUUUAUUGCUUUUCAUUUGUGUGUUUUUCUGACCAGCUGUAAGGGGUCAAAGGUCAGCGUGUGUUUGAAGCUGUAGAGACAAAAACACUGGUCGUGUGCGAGGCACAUUUAAGGAGAAAUGGAAGAAGCUCUGCUCUUUUAUUUUCUUUGUACAUUAUAAACAUUUAUUUAACUCGAGUUGCAGUUUGAGAUAUAUUGAUAUUUUGAAAUGUGUAUGCUCCAAAAAACAAAACAAAAAAAUUAAAAC